AUGGGGAAGAGAAAAUUAGGAUUAGGCAAAGUUCAGUCCAAGAAACAAAAAGUUGAAUCUGAAAAUAAAGAUUCCAAGAAGAAUGAAGAAUUACUUACGGUUGAGUUAGCAAAUGAGGUCAAUCCAGAUGAUCCUCUCUCACAACUGUUUGGAUUAUGGCAAACAUGGAAGGAGAGUGAGAGAAACAACGAGUUAAUUUUGAAUGGUAUUAUCAACGAAUGUGAUAGGAUCCUUAGAAAUUGUAAAGACAACGGAGGUGACGAAGAGAUCCAAGUGAAUGACAAAUUUUACGGGAUCUAUUCACUGGCAUUGUGUGAUUUGUCCAAGUUUAAACCCGAAGAGGAAGUAAAGGAAUGGAUCAAUUCAUCUCUUGAUAGACUAGAGGAAGGGUUUAGUAAGUUUGGAGAUGAUAAUGUCAGAUUGAAAUUAAUCAAGUGUAAUAUCAUACUCGAUAAGAUUGCGAUUUUAUACAUUGGACAAAUGAAUACUGACUCCAAGAAGAGUGAAUUUCCAGGACUCAGUAAGCUAUUCAAUGAAUUUUUUGAACUCUGGGAGGAUGCCAUUAAGAGAUGCGAGUCAAAGGCAAACUAUGAAAUAUUCAACGAAGAAUGGGUGCUGGAGAUUCUCAAUAUUUUUGACGAUUUGUUGGAUAUUAUCGACAAGUUUGGCAACAACAUGAGUGAAGUUGUUGACAGUGACGAGGAAGACGAAGAGGAUGAUGGAAAGGGUGAAAGAGCAGGAGCAGGAGCAGGAGCAGGAGCAGGAGCAGGAGCAGGAGCAGGAGCAGGAGCAGGAGCAGGAGCAGGAGCAGGAGCAGGAGCAGGAGCAGGAGCAGGAGCAGGAGCAGGAGCAGGAGAAGAGGAGCAGGAGCUUGGAGGAGAAACCACGACGAGCGAUGCAUUAAAGGUAGAAGAUUUCCAGUUGGCUCAAGAUCAUCCUCUCUACGAGAUCCAAAAAGAGGAUAAGUACAACAUCUUUUGGCGGGACAACAUGCUCAAAUACAAGGAGAUUCUCGCAGACGAUGCAAGCCCUAAAAUCAAGAGAAGUGUCUAUGAGAAGUUGGGGCAAAGCUACCUAAUGGAAGCCGAGGAACCCAUUGCUUUUUUCAACAGCUACCAAUACGAGAGGGAAGAAGACGAAGAAGAAGAAGACGAAGACGAAGAUGCCGAGAUGAAGGCUGCAGCAGAGGAUGCUAGACGGGAGGGACAAAGACUUGUUGGAGAGGCCAUUGGGUUGUUACGUGAGACUCAAGAUGAGGAAGAUCCAAAGACAUGGGUCAAUUUGGCAGAGGCACUGAUAACAGAGGGUAAUCUCUUUGAUUUGGACUCACCCGAGCAAGAGAAGGCAUAUGCAGAGGCAGAGAAGCUUCUUCGCCGUGCAAACAAUGCAACACAUGGCCAUUACGAGGAUAUUCUUCAGAGUUUGGUUGGUGAAGAAUAG